AUGGCAGCUUGUCUGCAGAGUUCACACUGGAGGUGCCUCCUAUUCGUGCUGGGUGUGUGUCUCACCCGGGCUGAGCCUUUUAAUCAACCGCGCCUCUACCAGUACAAAGUCGGACCUAACGAAGACAACAUCAUGAUCGCCAACAACGGAAUCAGGGUUCCCUUGGGGAAAUCGGUAUUUCUGGAUCCUGUGAACGACUUGGUGACAGAAGUUCAGCCCGGGGAUCGCUGUCACAUAACCGUUUUGGACAACGACCCUCUGGCUCAGAGACCGGGGACACUGACUCCCAAAAGGUUCCCCUGUUCCUUCGCGUCCGACGAAGUGAAAUACACUCAUUUUGGCUCGAGGAGCCCGAGCACGGACCGGGUGAAGAUGCAGUUGCGCUACGACUCCCAGACGGACACGGUAGUAAUCCCAUUCAUGCUGGAAGUGGAGGUAGUCUUCCAGCAGCUGGAGGUCAUCACCAGGAAUAUGCCCAUCAAUGUGGAAAAGCUCAACGGCCAAAGCGGUCCCAUCGACAAGAAAGCCUUGGAGUUUUCCUACGAGGAUGGCGUCACGCAGUGCAAAAUCGCCACGCUGGCCGGCGCAGGGGGUCUACCCAGGUACGGGGAGCUUGUGAACAACCCCAACAACGGUCAAAUGGUCGAUUGCGAUGAAUUUGUGAAGCGGGGAAUCCGCUACAAGCACACGGCGAAGACCAAUUCGCCGAAUAGGGACUACAUUCCCAUGGUGGUGGAGCUGCAGGACAACGAUGGGAACAUCAUUAUCCAAGAGCACUUUCAAAUGAUGGUUCGGAUCAAGGAAGGUGCGGAAAACACCGGGCCGAAACCUAGUUUUGUCUCCAUGAUGAUGAUGGAAGUGGACCAGUUCGUGAUGACCGCCAUUACUAGCGACAUGCUAGCCGCCGAGGACGUUGAGUCAGACCCUGAUGAUCUGAUUUUUAACGUCACGUCGCCUCUAGGCCCGGAGCAGGGCUACAUUAUCAGCACGGACGAUCAGAACAUGCCCAUCACCUCCUUCUACCAGCGGGACAUAAAAGAUCUCAAAAUAGCUUACAAGCCGCCUUCGGGCGAUUCCGAAGUGGAGAGGAUUUUCCAGCUAGAGUUUGAAAUCGUGGACACGGACGGAGCCGUGUCGGACCCGUUCGCUUUUAUGAUCGUGGUGAAGCCCAUGAACACCAUGGCCCCCGUAGCUACCAAAAACACAGGGCAGCUCUUGUACGAGGGUCAAUCCAGAGCGCUCUCAAGCUCACAGAACUUAGAGAUCAGCGACGAAGAUAACCUGGAAGACGUGAGGAUCACCGUCAUUGACGGCCUGAAGCACGGUGAGCUGAGCGUACUCGGAGGUCAGAGGAAAUUCUUCACCCCGGCAGAUCUGGACGCCAGACUCGUCGUGUACCAACACGACGGGAGCGACACCUACAGCGACAACAUCAUUUUCCGCAUGACGGACGGCCGGAACGAAGUGGAAUUUUUGUUUCCCAUCACCAUCGUCCCCACCGACGACGAACCGCCAAUCAUCAACGCCAACACCGGGGUGGUUCUCUUCAAGAACGAAGUCAUGCAGAUCUCCCCAUUCAUCCUCAGCGCCACGGAUAUCGACUCGGAAGACUCCACCGUUAAGUUCAUCCUGGAGGCGCCUUACUCCGUCGUGGGUGAGUUCCUGCUCCGGCAAGUGGAGCCCCCCUCUGACCCAUCCCUGUGGAAGUUCAGCCCGACGGAUGAGAUGUUCGAGCAGGUGGUGACUGAAUGGUUCCAGCAAGACAUCAUGGACGGGAAGCUCUUCUACAGACAUGUUGGAGGCCACAGCACCACCACUGUUAUUGACCAGCACGUAUUCCGGGUACAGGAUGAUAACGACCCGCCCAAUCAAUCCGGUGAGCAGUUGUUUACCAUCAAAAUCCAUCCUGUGGACGACCUGCCCCCAGAACUCACCCCGGGGACCACCCUUCACAUGACGGUCAGGGAGUAUGAACUAACAUACUUCAGGAAGUUAUUUUUAAGCUACAGCGAUUUAGACUCUGAUGACCGGGACCUGAAGUACACCAUCACGAAUCCUCCGACUGACACCGACGAGAACAACCCUGUACCCUUAGGUGACAUUGUACUAACCGAUGACCCUGAUGUCGUAAUUACCGAGUUCACGCAAGCUCAGGUCAACCACCACAAGGUGGCGUACAAGCCCCCAGAUCAGGAGCUUGGCAUCACCCCUAAAGUUGCUCAGUUUACAUUUACCGUGGAGGACACUUCUGGAAACACAGCAGAAGGUCUGUUCACCAUCUUCCUCCAGCCGGUGGACAACAAACCCCCGCUUAUUACAAACCCGGGGUUCACCAUCAUGGAAAGAGGCUCGUACGUCAUCGGCGGCAAGGAUCUCCACGCAACAGACACUGAUACAGAUGAUGAAAAUAUCAUCUUCACCGUGAGCCAGGUCCCGAAACACGGUCGCCUGCAGUAUCUAGGCAUCGACAUGUCUAACGGCGAAACGUUUAUCCUCGAGGACAUCGCUAACAACCGCAUAGCUUACGUCCACAGCGGCGAGGAAUCCCUGGAUGAUGUCAUCAAACUGGACGUAAGCGACGGUUUCCACGAGGUGCCCAUUAACGUAAAAAUCGCCGUGACCCCUGUAGACGACGAGACCCCCACCAUCAUGCUCCCCUCCGGCAUGGUGGGCGCGUCCAUCGACGUGCUGGAGAACGGCGCCACGGAAAUCACCAGCAACGUGAUUCAGGGCCGAGACGAAGAUACAGAUGAUCUCAUGUUGAUGUUCAUCCUGGAGGAACCCCCAAGACUGGGUGAAAUCCUGGUCAACGGCGCCCCCGCCGAGAGGUUCACGCAAGCCGACAUCAUCAACGGAGCGGUGGUGUACGUGCACACCUCGGGAGAAAUCGGACCGGUGAAAGUCCACGACUCCUUCAACCUCACGCUGUCCGACUUAUCCGAGCAGUGGGUGGUCGGCGGGAACAAGGUCCAAGGAGUGACGGUGCACGUUACAAUCCUGCCUGUCGAUAGCAUCCCGCCGGUUGUUAGCGUCGGGGGUCAGUUUAUAGUGCUGGAAGGCGAGAAGAACGUCAUCACCCUGGACCAGAUCCAAGCAGAAGACAUCGACACAAACAGCGAGGACAUCCUGUGCACGAUCAUCGUCCAACCCUCGUCCGGCUACGUGGAGAACAUCUCCCCGGCUCCUGGCUCGGAGAAGUCACGCGCAGGAACUGCCAUCACCGCCUUUAGCAUCAAAGAUAUCGCGGUCGGGCACAUCUACUAUGUCCAAAGCAUCCACAAAGGCGUGGAACCCGUGGAGGACCGCUUCACCUUCCGCUGCUCAGACGGCAUCAACUUCUCAGAACGACACUUCUUCCCGGUGGUCAUCAUUCCCACCAACGACGAAAAACCGGAAAUCUUUGUCCGCGAGUUCAUCGUCAUGGAGGGCAUGAGUUUGGUCAUCGACACGCCCAUCCUGAACGCUGCCGACGCCGACAUUCCUGACGACGACCUGCACUUCGAGAUCGUCAAAAACCCUAAACACGGCACCAUCGUCAAACAACUCAGCACCGGGACCAUCCCUGUGGACAGAUUCGACUUAGAACAGAUCAAGGAGGCCUCAAAUAUCGUCUACGAGCACGACGACUCGGAAACCAAAGAGGACAGCUUUGUGAUACGCCUCUCGGAUGGUAAAAACACGGUUGAGAAGAAAGUUCUCGUCAUGGUCAUCCCGGUGGACGACGAAACACCCAGGAUGGCGAUUAACGACGGACUCGAGGUGGAGAUCGGCGAGACGAAAGUCAUCAGCAACCGGAUUUUGAAGGCCACCGAUCUGGACUCUGAGGACAGCUUGCUUGUCUACGUCGUACGAUACGGUCCGGGCCAAGGCUACCUCCAGCGAAUCAGCAAAUUUGGCGAUGUCCUCGGCAACAUCACCAUCGGCAUGAACUUUACCCAAGACGAGGUCGAUAAACAGCUCAUCCAGUACGUGCACACCGGCCAGGAAGGUAUCCGAGACCUUCUCAAGUUUGACGUCACAGACGGCAUCAACGCACUCAUUGAUCGCUACUUCUACAUCAACAUCGGUAGCAUCGACAUGGUCUUCCCAGAAGUUAUCAACAAAGGCGUGACCCUCAAAGAAGGCGGGAAAGUCACUCUGACCACCGACCUUCUCAGCACCAGCGACAUCAACAGCCCAGAUGAGUUCCUCAGCUUUAGCAUUACACGAGCCCCGAGCAGAGGCCACCUGGAGUGCACCGAUUACCCCGGCGUCCCCAUUUCCACGUUCACCCAGCUGCAGCUAGCCGGCAACAAAAUCUACUACAUCCACACGUCUGACGACGAGAUAAAAAUGGACAGCUUCGAGUUCGAGGUAACGGACGGCUACAACCCAGUCUUUCGCACUUUCAGGGUGUCCAUCACCGACGUGGACAACAAAAAACCUGUUUUGACGAUUAGCAAGCUAGUAGUGGAGGAGGGCGAAAUCAAACUCAUCACGCCGUUCGAGCUAACGGCGGAGGAUCGUGACACGCCGGACCGGUACCUGCGUUUUGUCGUGACGCAAGUACCGGUGCACGGACAGCUGCUUUUUAACAACUCCAGGCCCAUCACGUCAUUCACCAAGCAAGACCUGAACGAAAACCUGAUCAGCUACAAGCACGACGGCACCGAGACCAAUGAGGACAGCUUCUCCUUCACGGUCACCGACGGCACCCACACCGAUUUUUACGUGUUCCCAGAUACCAUUUACGAGACGCGAAAGCCGCAGAUGAUGAGCAUUCACAUCAACACGGUGGACAACGGCGUGCCGCAGAUUGUGGUCAACAAGGCGGCGGCUUCGCUCAGGCUCCUCCCCUCGGGCCACAUAGGCUUCCUGAUUACCAGCAAGGCCCUGCGAUCGGAGGACCGAGACAGCCAGCAGGACGUCCUGAAGUACAUCGUGUCCGAAGCGCCGCAGCACGGGUUUAUCAUAAACAUGGCGCAGGGAAAUGACAGCAUCAGCACGUUCACGCAAGCUGACAUCAACGACAUGAAGAUCAGCUAUGUCUUAUUGGAUGGAAGCAACGCCACCAGUGACAUCUUCUACUUUACGAUUGAGGACAACGGCGGAAACAAACUCAAGCCACAACCAUUCCGGCUCAACUGGGCUUGGAUCUCCCUGGAGAGGGAGUACUAUCUAGUAGACGAGGAUGCCAAGUUCCUGGAGGUGACCCUCAAACGCCGGGGAUACCUUGGGGAAACAUCCUUUGUCAGCAUCGCGACCAAGGACGGUACCGCUGAGAAGGACAAAGACUUCCGAGGGAAAUCCCAAAAGCAGGUCCAGUUCAACCCGGGCCAGACCACAGCGUCCUGGAAGGUGAAGAUCUUCACCGACCAGGAGUUUGAAACGUCGGAGAACUUCCAGAUUCUGUUGUCCGAUCCGGUCAUGGCUGUGCUGGAGUUCCCGGAUGUGGCCACUGUGGAGAUUGUGGACCCGGGAGAUGAGUCGACCGUGUUCAUCCCUCAAUCCGAGUUCAAAAUCGAAGAAGACAUCGGAGAGCUUCUGAUUCCGGUCCGACGGUCUGGUGACGCCAGCCAGGAACUCAUGGUCAUCUGCUCCACUCAACAAGGUACCGCCACGGGGACCAUUCCCACCUCCGUGCUGUCCUACUCGGACUACAUCACGCGGGCCGACGACCACACCAGCGUUCUACGUUUCGACAAAGAUGAGCGUGAAAAGUUCUGCCGGGUCAUUAUUAUCGAUGACUCGCUGUACGAGGACGAGGAGAGCUUCAACGUGACCCUCAGCGUGCCCAUGGGGGGCCGGGUGGGCGCCGCCUAUCCCGUCGCCAAGGUCACCAUCUUGGCCGACGCUAACGACGAGCCGUCGCUGUAUUUUGGGGAGCCCGAGUAUAUGGUGGACGAGAGUUCAGGCUACGUGGAGGUGAAGGUAUGGCGGACUGGUACAGAUCUGUCCAAGACGGCCACUGUGACCGUUCGUUCCAGGAAGAGCGAGCCCGUUUCAGCUGAAGCUGGUCUGGACUACGUGGGCAUCAGCCGCAACUUGGACUUUGCUCCCGGAGUGACCAUGCAGACGUUCAGGGUGACCAUCUUGGACGACCUGGGUCAACCUGAACUGGAAGGACCAGAGACCUUCGAUCUGGUGCUAAGGAUGCCCAUGAAUGCAGUGCUAGGAGAACCCAGCAAGACCACCAUCACCAUCAACGACACCAUUACAGACGUGCCAAAGUUCCAGUUCAAAGAGGGCAGCUACAAAGUGGACGAGUCCGACGGGGAGGUCAAGGCGAUAGUGUACCGCAGCGGAGACACUAGCAUUACGUCCACGGUGCGCUGCUACACCCGACAGGGCACGGCUCAGGUUAUGAUGGACUACAGCGAAAGACCUAACACCAACACAUCCAUUAUCACCUUCCUACCAGGGGAGACGGAGAAACCUUGCGUGGUCAAGCUGGAGGACGACUCCAUUCACGAGGAAGACGAGGAGUUCCGUCUGGUUUUAGGAACGCCCAAGAGCAAGUCACAGUACGGGGCUACACUCGGAGAGCCGAAGGAAGCCCUGAUCAAAAUGACUGACUAUAAAGACAAACCCAUCAUUCGCUUCUCUGAGAUCAAGUACAGCGUGCGAGAGCCACAGGUUAAAGGUGAUUUCGCCAUCGUCAAGAUCCCCAUCCUGAGAACGGGUGACACCUCGAAACUGUCGGUGGUAAGGGUGCACACCAAGGACGGCUCGGCUACUUCAGGGGAGGACUACAACCCACUGUCAGAAGACGUGGAGUUCAAGGAGGGCGACAAAGAGCAUUUUGUGGAGAUCGAGAUCCUUUACGACGGUGAGCGGGAGAUGAGGGAAGCGUUCACGGUGCAUAUGAAGCCCGAUGACAACAUGGUGGCAGAGAUACAGAUGAACAAAGCCAUUGUGUACAUCGAGGAGAUGGACAGCGUGGCAGACGUCACGUUCCCGGCUGUGCCCCACGUGGUUUCCCUGCUCAUGUACGACGACAUGUCCAAAACCAAAGACAACCCCUACCCGGUUAACGGAUACCCAGUGGUGUGUGUGACGGCCUGCAACCCUAAAUACGACGACUUUGACAAAACUGGUUCCAUCUGCUCGGCGGAGAACAUCAACGACACCUUGACCCAUUACCGCUGGUCAGUCAGCGCCCCCACUGGGUCGGAUGGGGUGACAAGUCCCAUGAGGGAGGUGGACACAAACACCUUCUUCACCAACACCAAAUCCAUCACCUUGGAUUCCAUCUACUUCCAAGCGGGCUCCAGAGUCCAGUGCGCUGCCAGAGCCUUCACUUCCAACGGUGAUGCUGGUCUUGAGCUUUCCAGUCCUAUCGUCGUGAUUAGCAAGGAGGAAGGUAUGUGUCAACCGCGGAUUCAAGGCACCGUCGGAGCAGAACCUUUCUCUGCGAAAAUCCGCUACACGGGCCCAGAUGACCCGGAUUUCCCAAACCUCAUCAAGCUGACUAUCAACAUGCCUCAUAUGGAUGGCAUGUUACCGGUGAUCUCCACAAGACCGCUGUCCAACUUUGAGCUCACCCUCAGUCCCGACGGCACCCGCGUGGGCAACCACCGCUGCUCCAACUUGCUGGAUUUUAACGAGAUCCAGACUGGCCACGGCUUCAUCACUGACACCACCAAGAACCCAGAGAUUAUCGGUGAAACAUCACCCUACCAGUACAGCAAUGCCAUGCGAUCGUCCAACUCGCUACGCUUCUACCGGAACCUAAAUUUGGAGGCCUGUCUCUGGGAGUUUACCAGCUACUAUGACAUGUCGGAGUUGCUGAAUGACUGCGGUGGCUCCAUAGCCACAGACGGACAGGUGCUCAACUUGGUCCAGUCCUACGUCACCUUGCGCGUACCCCUCUUCGUUUCCUACGUCUUCCACUCGCCGGUGGCCGUGGGCGGUUGGCAGCACUUUGACCUCCAGUCGGAACUCAAGCUCACCUUCGUGUAUGACACGGCCAUUCUCUGGCAGGAAGGCGUUGGUAGUCCGCCCGAGUCGGAGCUGCAAGGGGCCAUGUACCCCACCAGCAUGCGCAUCAACGAGGAGGGCCGACUGGUGGUCAACUUCAAGACCGAGGCUCGCUUCAGGGGACAGUUUGUUAUGACUCACCCAGCAACCAGCUUGUCUUCCAUGGUGAUAUGCGCCGACCACCCGGGACUGACGUUCACUUUGGCCCUGGUCAGGACCGAGCCCACCCACAACCAGCCUAUGCAACAGUGGAGUUUUGUCUCUGAUUUUGCUGUGCGAGAUUACUCUGGGACGUACACGGUGAAGCUGGUCCCUUGUAUUGCGUCCCCCAAUGGAGAGUUCAGCAUCCCUCCUGUGUGUCACCCGAGAGAGCCUCUGACUUUUGAUAUGGACAUUCGCUUCCAACAGGUGAGCGACCCAGUUGCGGCGGAGUUUAGCCUCAACACGCAGAUGUUCCUCCUGUCCAAGAAGGAGCUGUGGUUGUCUGAUGGUUCCAUGGGCUUUGGAGAAGGCACCGAUACGGCGUUUUCAGAAGGCUCGUCCAUCUAUGGCCGAGUGAUGGUGGACCCGGUGCAGAACCUGGGCGACUCCUUCUCCUGUAGCAUCGAGAAAGUGUUCCUGUGCACCGGCGCUGACGGCUACGUUCCCAAAUAUAACCCCACCAAUAAGGAGUAUGGCUGCUUGGCCGAUUCCCCCUCUCUUCUCUACAGAUUUAAGAUCCUGGACCGGGCCCAGCCGGAGACUCAGGCGACAGCGUUUGGCGACGUUGCCUUCAAGGCCACGCUGGCUUAUGAUACAGAAGGUGCUCUCGCUUUAGUCAAACAACCGGGAUCUGAUGGUUUCACUCUCUCCUCGAGUCCUCUAUUCCAGGUGGCCGCAGGUCGCGAAUGGUACAUUCACACCAUCUACACCGUGCGCUCCAGGGAGAACGCCGACCGCGGCAAACGUAGCGUGGACUACCUCCGCCACGCGCUGUCCGCCGCCCCAGGGUCCAUUCAGACACGUCAGCGCCGCGCUGCCCCUGCCCCCGGCCCCGCCGUGGCCCAGGACAUUGGGGCCGACAAAAACCGCGGCACCAACAUCCAACACAUCGCCUUGGACCGAGCCGACCGUGUGGUGGUUAGCCAGCGCCAGCCUUGGUUUUCCGGCUCGGAGCGCGACCCCGCGCUCGAGCGGCCUCUAGUGGGGAGCUCUGGCAGACAGGACCCCGACGGCACCGCCGUGCCCUUGAUCGUUGGCCUGGUGGGCAUGAUCGUCCUGGCCUGCCUGAUCGCCGCAGUCGUCGUGGCGCUGCUGUUGCGGCGCAGAAAGAAGGAAAAGCACCAGUUCCCGCCCUACGCCACCUCGUCGUCUACCGCCUACAACCGAGGCCCCACCCGGUGGGGUGGCUCGGAUAGUUCCGAGGUCUAG